AUGUUGUAAAAUUACGAUAAAUUGGUUUCUGAAAUGAAAUUUUAUAACAGAGGAGGGAAUAGUUUAGACCAUUAACUUAUGCCAAUCAUCAAAAUAUAAGCCUUUUAUGCUUUUUGA